GGUAUAAUACACAAAAUGAGCCGCUGAAUUCAAUGGAACAAAUCGCAGUGCUCUACGACUUUUAGUUUUUGAGUUAUGAUUUUUUUUUUGAAUUCUUGAAGGCAAUAAGUGAGUUGCCCACCAAAGUUUUUAACAAAUAUCAAAACCAGCACUCGCUAAUGCUCAAACUUUUGCACUAGAUUCUCCAAAACCGUUUUCUGCACUUGACUGCAAUCCCGCGACAUGCCUACUGUCACGUAUUCUUUGCACUAGCUUACGUCUAAUCACUAAAUUCGCGCUUCUGAUACAAUUACCCACAUUAUUACGAUCGCGCUAGUCGUGUUAUUAUUAGUGCAAAACCAUGGGGGUCAAGUUCGCGAGUCGCAUGUGGUGGGUCAUGGUAUCAGUGGCGGCUCUGAUGGGUGUAGCGACGCCGCUGCCUUGCGAGGAGGCAAGGAUGAGGUGCGCCUACAGGGUGGGGUGUGGGAUGGCCCUCCAGAAUUACGUGAUGGGGUGUUCAGGAGUCCUGCAAGGACCGCCACCCACGCACUGCCCCGAGAUCUGCCACCAUUCCCUCAUUGCCCUCACCUCCACCGAAGAGGGCAAGGAUUUGAUGAAUUGCGAAUGCAGUGACGAGUACUGCGAAGACCAGAAACGCCGCUCGGAGAUCUGCCGCCCCCAGGUGAUGAAGUCCAUCAGCGAGCCGGUCGUCUCCUGCCGGGUGGCCCAGUGGAUCUGCGCAGCGGACGCCCUCUGCUCCACCGCCUUGGAGUACUACAACCACUACUGCCGGGCGAUGUUCCACGGCAAAAAGUGCACUCCUCGGUGCAACAACUCCAUCUCGAUCCUGCGGCGGCAGGAAAAAGCCGCCAAACUGACCAUGUGCAAGUGCGACGGUCUCGAAGACUACGACUGUCCGGCCAUCCAGCGCAACAUGGAGAAGCUGUGCUUCCACAAACGCGUGCACCACCACCAGAACGCCACCACGCCGCCGCCGCCGCCCCCGCCGGUGCACCCCAACGACGUGAUGGGCGCGGCGGCGGCGCCCGCCCUCGCCCUGGGGGCGCUCCUGGCCGCCGCCCUUGCACUGGCUACGUGAUACCCUCGGGCUUCCUCAACUCCGAAUCUACCUCGAUUUAACAGUAUUUAUUUAUUUUUUCGUAUUUAUGGAGCGGUGGGCGCGCUAACCAAAGUUUAGACGGUUAACUAUGUCACGUUAUAGUUCCUAAACCAGAAGACAUGCCAGAAACGAGAAGCAAACGCAAGAUUAAACUGUAAAUUAUUUGUACAUAGAUUGGAGGUUUUGUAUUAUAGUGGCGCGAGACCAACUUCCAGUGAAUGUAAAGGUUUAGCUUUAAACUAGGUUUUUCAUUCCCUUUCAUUUAGGGACGAUCCUUGAUGCUACCAAAGAAGCGCUUGAUGCUGUAUAUUGCUUUAAGUUAUUUCAGAGUCGCUCUAUACACACUUGCACUUCUUGUUGGGCCCGAAAUGUUCAUUUUUACGCCAGGGCUGGAGCACCAAAUCACACUUUUUUGCUCAUAAAAUAACGAAACCAAGCGUUUUUGUCAAAGUUUUACGAAGAAAUUAAGCAUAAUUAAUUAACUUAACUUGAAAAUGAAAUUUUAAUAGAAGUUUUUAGCGGAACUCAGUCAAAUUUCUAGCAAAGUAUCCGUUUUAAAAUUUGCAAAAAGUUAGGAAUAUGAGAAAUAUUAAGAUUAGAAUAUUUUUAGAAUCACUCCAUAAAAAACAUUUCUUACUUUUUUUACUCUACAGAAUUACAAAUUUUGAAUCUGGAUUAUUAUGAGUGCAAAGAUUACAAAAAGUCAGUUAUAUUGAAAAAUACAGCGUGUUUCAUAUAAUUUUACAAGGUCUGCCUACAAUGUAUGCACCCAAGUAUAAAAAGUUAUAAAAUUAUUUUUUGGAAAAACAUUUAUUUUAUUUUUGGGAACCUUUGAAUUUUCGAAUAUGCAUUGAAUUUUUUCGAUCGUUUGUAAAAAAAUCGCUAAAAAAUAACUCAAAUCGGGCGAAAUCAAUUUUCAUAACAAAAUCAAACAAACUGAAAUAACAUCAAUUUCGAUGUGUUUUUUUAGUCAGUUUCCGCAAAGUUAUUGGGAAAAAAACCAAAAUGUUCUUAAAAAGAUUUGUCUAGAAACAAUAUCAUUGAAGUUAGAGCAUAAUCUUUAACCAAAAUGUCGUCGUAAUAGGAUGUCCAAAAACGUGCACAAAACGAAAACUUAAAGAAAUUUCUAAAAAUUCUAUUUAAAAACGACGUAAAUACGGAGUGAGUUUAAAGUAACGCCCGUAUUUCAUAUUUUGUAGUGUCUCAUUUUUGAAAAAAAUCUUUGAUCAAGUACUGUAGUUUGACUUUAUUUCAAAAUUUAUGAGUCAUUGGCUUUUGAAAAAUGACGAUAUUUUAAUUAUUUUUUUUUAAACUGACAUUUUUGUUUACUGUUUUUGAUAGUAACUGGUAACCAUAAAAAAAGGAAAAAUAAGGCAAAACAAAACUCAAAAAAAUGAAAUAAAAUAUUUUUUGUUAUGAAUAAAUUUACAAUAAAUGUUUUAUUUUUAAUGUUCUUUUAUUGUUCUGAGCUUAUUUUAUAAUGGACGAUUGUUUUUUGUAAUUUUUUUGCGUUUGAGCUUCAUAUUAAGUGUUCUCAUGCUGCUUACUUAGAAAAAUGUGAAAAAUAAUUGCGCCUUACAAAAUAAGAAAAUAACAAAAAGUUGAAGUCUUUUGUGUAUGAUUACCUAAUUAUCUAAGUUUUUAUAUUUGUUAUAAUAUUUUUUCUUGGUUAUUUUUUAUUUUAUUUAUUUUUUACUAUCAAAAACUGUAGAGAAAAAUGUGGUUUGUCCUUUAAAAAAUUAAACAAAAUCAAAUUUUAACUAAAAAAAACAGGUUUUUUCUAAACGACCUACGUAUUCCUAAGAUUUUAGGCGCUACUUAAAUUCACUCUCAAUACGAGAUUAUUUUUUUCGUAAAGUUGAGGAAAGAAACGCUCGGUGUAAAUUUUUUGUCGGUGGACAAAACAGGGCAAAUUUUGAAAGGAGUCUGAAUUAAAAGCAGCUGAAGCUGAAAUAUUUAAAUCGAUUGGCGGCCGCUUGACGCGUCCGGUCGUUAACCAUUAAUUUUCAUAAUUAAUGCCGUUAUUUCGGUCCAAAUAAUUAGCAUCACGCAAAGCCAAGCUAGCAAUUAAGUUUUCCACGUGAUCAGAUCCGAGUUCCGUGUGCGUAAUGAAGAUGUCGCCUUUAAUUUAGCUUCCCUGUUAAUUAGCGGUGUUUGAAGACAAUCAACUAACAACAAACAAAAGUUGUGGUCGUGCUCGAGCUCGAGGUAUUGAAUGAAUUUUGUAUAAAUUUGUUAAGAGAUAUUAUAAUUGUAUAGAAUUUUAUUUAUGCGUGUUGGUCGGGGUCGUAUCGGCCCCCGCAUAUUAUGUACAAAAAUGAAAAUAAACGUAUUGUUUGUUAUCCAGAA